AUGGGAAAUUGCGUGACCCAAGAGAUGCCCCAGCCCCAGCAAAGGCGGCGGGCACCUAAUACUGAAGAAGACGAAUAUGAAACAAGAUCAGUUGCUACCACUCCAACAAGAGAUCCUGAAGUCCGUGGAGCAGAAGACCCAUCAUCGUCCAACGGAUAUUCUCCGUCCGAGAAAGAAAUCACUGAGAAGAGAAAAGAAGGUCUAUCGAAGCCUAUCCAAGAUUCGGCGGGCGCAAGCGUUUGUGAGCCUCCAAUUGAGGAGCCACCGUUGAUUAAGCAUGAGAUCAGCGAGCCCGCCAAAGAUACCAAAGAUAGUGCUGUCGCUGAAUCUCCUGCCCCCAAGAAAGAAGAACCAGACAUUGUCAUCCCACCAGAAGGAGGAGAGUCUUUGGAGGCAGCAGAUCAAGCUGAGAUGAAGCAUGCGUCAUCCAGAAACCUUGGUAAGAUGGGUGCGGAAAUUCCAUCGGAUACUGACUCCAUGUCUCUGUCGAGCCAAGUCAGUUCUAACGAGGUGGAACCAGCAGCAGCUGCUGGUAGUCAUACAGUGGACAAGAAGCCUGCAAAGGCUCCCACCAGUAACAGCACAUUCAAGAGAUCCGCUGGUAUCUUCCUUAGUUCGAUCGGUUUGUUGGCUGGAUCCAUUAUGCUGACGCAAAGCAGUGGUCCACAAGACAUUCAAAGCAUUCUGAUUCCAAAAGCAGAAUCGUUGCCUCGUCCUCCCAUGGACUGCAAGGGCGACGAUUGCCCUUUUCUAAACUGGUUGGAUACUCGCGAAGGUUUGUGUUCCCCGGAUCAGAAAAGGUCAGUGGCAGACGUCAAGUUUACACCUUGCCCACCAUAUAGCUCCAAUAGCACUCUGCCCCUGGCCUCGGCCCCGGCGUGCAACUUUGCUUCUUGGGUAGAUGCCCAAGACAAGAUUGACAAGUGCUCUCUUGACACGGACAAGAGAUUCGACCAAAUCUGGUCCAAAUAUAUGUAA